UUCCGGGGCGGAGGUGAGGCGGGUGGCGUGGGGGGGCCAUGGCGGGGCGCGGGAGGCGGCCGGCGGCGGCGGCGGCCGCCCUCAGCCCGCCCUCCUCGGAGGACGAGGCCCCGGAGGAGGUGUCCUUCGGCGCGGCGAGGGAGGCGGCCGAGACACGGCGGAAGCUCGUGGGGGAGGCGGCCCGCAGGCACCGGGAGCUGCUGAAGGAGAAGCGGCGGCGGCGCCAGGAGCUGUUCGCGGAGCAGAAGAGGCAGAAGCUGCUCCCCGAGGCCGUGCUGCAGGAGCUGACCGCUGCGCCCACCGCAGGAGCCGAGGGCCAGGGUGCCGCAGACAGCCCAGGUGAAUGCUGCGGAGGUGGGGCUACGAAGGAGAGGCAAGGUCGAGUCCAAAAGCUGGUGAAGAAAGACAAGGGUAAAAAGGGGGCCAGGUCAAAAGGAAACUAUACGGCUGUGUGCUUAAAAGAUCAGAGUUUAACAGGCCUCCACCAACAACUUGCCAAAGACUUCCUGAACACUCAUCUCUACGGACCAGACGCCAACCGGGCACAAGCAAAUGAAUUUUUUUCCCUUGAAAAUAAGAAAAACCCAGUUAAAAAAGCUGCAGUUCAGUUUGUGGACAAAUCUUGGGGGCAAGAGAAAAAAGAAAAAGCAACAAGGUUUAAAAAACGUUGGCUUGCGACACAGCUUAAAACUGGAGUGUGAAAAGUUUUUUCAGAAGCUGCUAUUAAGGACUUUUACUGAAAGUGAGCGUCAACCCAACAAAGGUGGUUUGGUUUUUUCCCCCCCCACCUCUCCGUCACACUACUUUCAGCUCCAGCCACCAGCAGGCACUAAACCUUCACAGAGCUGUGCCUGAACUGGCUUCCUUGUUCUCCCUCCCCCCUUCCGGAGGAAACAGCUGGGACAGGGCCAUGACUGCCCCUCCUUAACCCUGGCUUAGAACAGCUGGUGUUAAGGCCAGGCUUGUAGAGCUGGGCCCUACUCCCUGAUGCAGCCCCUUUGCAGAGAAUAAAGAUGGAACGAUGUUGU